AUGUUGAAGGUGGCUGGUGCGGGACGAGCUGCGUUUAAGGGAGCGGAUGGCAAGCCGGUGGUGCUGCACGACGUUCUCCUCGUCCCCGACCUGAAGGCCAACCUUAUCUCCCUCCGUAAGCUUGGCAAGGCUGGGGUGAACACCAACACAGAUGGGGCUCGCACUUAUAAGGAGAAGCUGGGCAAUCGGGUGCUUUGGGAUCUGCACGAGAGCAAGGACGUGUACAGAUCUAUGUGGCAGCUGCCGGCGCUGGCGUGGCACGGUGGGGGGCAGGCUGGAGACGAGUCUGCAUCCCAGGGGGAGUGCAAUGCCGUUGGAGGGGUUGGUGUGAAAGUGUCGGCCAGAUCUGGGGAGACGGAUUGGGCAACUGCACACCGACGCUUGGGGCAUGUGGCAAUGCCUUUGCUGAAGCAGCUGGAGAAGGAUGGAGCCGUUAAGGGCUUGAAGCUGAACGGACAACCACCCGAUGAUAACUGUGAAAUUUGCCUCCUUUCAAAGUUCACCCGUUUCCCCUUCUAUAGUGUGGCUGGUAGGAGCAAAAAGCCGUUGGAGCUGGUCCACAUGGACUUGGUGGGGCCGCUGCCGGUGCAAGGGCACAAGGGGGAGCGGUAUUUCCUAACCUUAGUGGAUGACUGGAGCAGGCUAAUGUGGGCGUAUCCGCUGAAGCAGAAAGAUCACGCCGCCUCCACGAUUCGGGACGAUUGGCUGCCGUUCGUGGAGAAGCAAGCGGAGUGUGUGGUGAAGCGGAUUAGGACAGAUCGGGGUGGUAAGUUCCUUGGAGCUGAGAUGACGGCCUGGCUCAAGAAGCAGGGCAUCCAGAGGGAGCUGACCACGGCUUACACCCCACAGUCCAACGGUGUAGCAGAACGGGCGAACCGGACAAUUCUGGAGACAGCUAGGGCGCUGCUCAUAGAAUCUGGGCUGGGCAACUUGAUGUGGCCCCAUGCUGUUCGGCACGCUACCGUCGCUAGGAACAGGGUACUUACAAAGGUUGGGGAUGACUCGUGGGUGCCGUUGGAGAGGUGGCUUGGGAGGAAGCCGCCGGUGGACAUGCUGAGGGUGUUCGGUUGCAUGGCAGUCGCCCACGUCCCCAAGACCUACCGCAGUAAGUUGGGGGCGAGUGCAAUCUGCAGGGAUGUGAAGUUUGUUGAGGGCAUGAUGUAUGGGAGCUGGGAGAAACAGCCGGAGGCCAGGGUGUCCCAGCAGAUGGAGCAGAUCACCAUGCAGCUGGACCUGACUCCUAGUGUGUGGGAGGAGGGAGAGGAGGCAGCUGCAGAGGGUGGUGAUAAAGAGAAGGUGCAGGAGGCACCUGCUGGUGGAGGUGAUGGUGUGGAGACUAGCGGUAGCACUAGUGGAGCUGCUGGAUCCGAGGGAGGAGAGCAGCAGCAGGGAAAAACUAAGAAGCCGAAGGGUGUUGUUAUGAAGGGAUGGGAGACACCCGUCUCCAGGCCAGGACGUACCCGUAUGGCUACUAAGAAGCUGACUGCAGGAGCUGAUGUAGCGGAGCAGCAGCUUGGGACUGAGGAGGCAUUGCUGAUUCUACCGCAUGGCUAUGACCCGGAUGAGGAGGAUGAACCUGCGUACUGUUUUCUUGCCCCUGCACCAGAGGAACCAGCUAGCAUGGAGGAGGCAUUAGCUGGACCAGAUAGGGACAAAUGGCUAGCUCCUAGGGAUGCUGAGUACCAGAGCCUGCUAGAGAAUGGGACAUGGGAGCUGGUGGUGCUGCCUGAGGGGAAGAAAGCCGUACAGUGCAAGUGGGUGCUAAGGAUCAAGACUGACAACAAGGGACAGGUCACCAUCUACAAGAGUAGGUUGGUGGCUAAGGGGUUUAUGCAGAAGGAGAAGCGGGACUUCAAUGAGAUCUUUGCUCCCACUGCCAAACCCCCUACCCUUCGUGUCUUGUUGGUAGAUGCAGCCGUUAGUGGGAAGUUCAUUAUCCAGAUGGACAUAUCAACGGCAUUUCUCAACGGGAUUUUAGAGGAGGAGGUGUUCAUGACGCAGCCACCUGGGUAUGAGGAUGGUACGGGCAGGGUGUGCAAGCUGAAAAAGUCCAUCUACGGCUUGAAGCAGGCGCCACGCUGCUGGUACCAGAAGUUGGCAGCUGUUUUAGAGGAGAUGGGAUUCAGGACCAGCAGCUGUGAUGAGAGCCUCUUUCUCAAGGGGGAGGGGGAGAAGCUGGUGUUGUUUCUGGUCUACGUGGACGACUUUCUUCUCUUCAGCAGCAGAUGA